UUCCCUUCUAGUUUCCUGACAGAGAAUUUCUCUUACGUGUAUCUUACAUGGAGAUAUACAAUGAAACCAUUACAGACUUAGUCUGUGACACUCAAAAAAUGAAGCCUUUAAUAAUUCGGGAAGACUUCAAUAGGAAUGUGUAUGUGGCUGAUCUCACAGAAGAAGUUGUUUAUACAUCAGAAAUGGCUUUGAAGUGGAUCACAAAAGGAGAAAAGAACAGAAAUUAUGGAAUUACAAAAAUGAAUCAAAGAAGCAGUCGCUCUCAUACCAUUUUUAGAAUGAUUUUGGAAAGCAGAGAGAAAGGGGAACCUUCCAAUUGUGAAGGAUCCGUCAAAGUGUCCCACUUGAAUCUGGUUGAUCUUGCAGGCAGUGAAAGAGCUGCUCAAACAGGCGCUGAAGGUAAUGGAAACUCAGAAAUGUAUGGUCUCAAUGUCAUCUUGUUCUUUUACAGAAGAAAAAAAGUGCUACCUUGCAUUUAGAAACUAAUAAUUCUGUGAUGAAAGUCUUU